AUUUGUUUGAGAUAAAGUUUACACGGAAAAUAUCUCAGUAUGACUGUAACGGUGUACCAACCUGUUCUGAUGCUCUUUUUUUCGAGUAGAGAAGUUUGUGAUUUUCUGGACAGUUUAAAGUUAAUUAACAAAAAAAAUUGAGAAAAGAGAAACGUUUUUUGUGACGUGAAAAAUGGCUGGGACAAGAGGAAAUGAAGCAGCGCGGUUGGAAAAACAGAUCGGUUGUAUUAAAUAUAUAAUAUUUUCAUUUAACGCAAUUCUAUGGAUUCUAGGAGGCGGGAUGUUCGGUCUAGCUGUUUGGCUGCGAGUAGAGCCUGGCUUUCAAGAAUGGGUCGAAUUUCUUGACCUGGGUGACUAUUACAUCGGAACUUACAUAUUGAUAGUAGCAUCUGUAAUUGUAAUGGUAAUCGCAUUCUUUGGAUCUGCCGCCGCUUUAAUGGAAAGUGCACUGUUUCUCUGGAUCAAUAUCGGAUUGCAACUAUUCACAUUCAUUUUCGGAUUGGCCGGAGCAGCAGUAUUGCUUGAUUACUCAACCUAUGACAGUAAAAUUCAGCCUAUAAUACAUCGGUCCAUGACUUCAUUGAUUGUCAAUUCGCAGUAUCACAGACAAUCUCAAAUUUUGAAAAUCGUCCAAGAAAAUAUUGGUUGCUGCGGUGCAAAUGGCCCAAUGGAUUAUUUAGAUCUAUUGAAACCAUUGCCUUCAGAAUGUCGUGAUACUGUAACAGGGAACGCAUUUUUCCAUGGUUGUGUUGACGAAUUAACUUGGUAUUUAGAAUCAAGGUCUGGGUGGCUCGCUGGUUUAGCACUCACUCUUUGCAUGUUACACGUGAUUCAAGCAGUUUUGUCCUUAAUUCUAAUCGAAGCGAAGAAAAAAGAAGAUGAAGCGGUUAUAUUCAAACGCUAGAU